AUGGAUCAAUCGCCUCAGUACAUCAGAUGUCAUGGAAAUGGUUCAAAGUUGGCAGUCGAUUGGAACAAAUCAGUGACUCAAACCAAUCGAACCAAAAAAAGUCUGCUGGCUUCGCACAAUUCGAGAGACAAAGGUCUCGGCGCACUAAAAAUUGACUUGGCUGCUGGACUAUCUGAUAUUCGAACCAAGGUUGAAUCAGAGCAUAAAGAGUUUUUUGAAAUGGUCGCGCAGGAACAAGUCUUCAAGAUGCAACCAACGCAAGAAUUCGCAUAUAAUAAGAUGCGUGGUAAGGGUCUCGGUACUCAGCCCGUAUUUCCACCACCACAAGCUCCUCUUGGGGAUAAUGAGGAUUAUAGACUUUCGGGGGAUGUUGAGGACAAUCUACAAUCUGGCGUCAAGUAUUAUAAAAUCGCUCCAGAAUCCGAAUUUACGAGCAGUUCAGCUCCCGAUAAGCUUGCGGAAGGAAUCAAUCGAAUGAACAUUGAAGAGCGUCCAAGAUGCGAGGUUAUUCUCGAUUUGAAAGGUGACGAAGGAGAAACCAACAACCACUACAAGGGCAAACAGGUCUGGGGAAACUUUGGCUACCUCUACGUCAAUGGAACCUGGGUAGAUCCUGACAGUGAGAAGGAUUUGGCGCAGGCAUUCAGGGGUUACCCGGCUUUGCUACCAGAAGAACUCGAGGGUGCCAGAGCCAAAGAUAAGCGGAUAAUGAGCCCGGCCCAGAUGGAAGAAAUUUACAAAUUUUUCAAUGACUAUGUCUCUGACGACGAAGGAGACCCCCGGGACAAUCGACUAUCGCCAGAGGAGUUUCAGAAAAUGACUCGUGGUGCAGCCAGUGAGGGUAAAGGUGAUACGUGGGCCAGAGCAAUUGUCGCUCCGCAAGAGAAAUAUACGGAGAGACCUCGCGAGCCACGCAAUCCUAAGAUACAGUAUGGACAUGACAAUCUGUUGCCGCCACAAAUAGAUAAGGACACUGGCAGCUAUUACUCCGGCUAUGGAGGUGACAAUUCGGAUACGGCCAGCCUUCUUCUUUCGGCAGCUGGCGUUGACAUCCUUCGAAGACCCGAGCACUUCAAUCGCAUGGACCCUCAAACCGAUAUGAACAUACUCGCCGAGGCGUAUGGCAGCCCCAAUGCCUUUAAAGACGACAGUGGUUGGUCUGAUACAACGACACUCCCGGUUUUCAGCAUGAAAGCAGCUGCCAAAGCCAUCACUGGCGACAUUCCUGGUCUUACCGAUAUAGAACGCGAAUCAUACCUGGCUGAAAUGACACUCAGGGGAGAGGCACAUUUUCAACAUAGCCAAUGGAUGGCACAAAAUAGAGACGAGCUCAAAUCGGAGAAGAUGAUUGCUUUCAACGGAUUGGCAGCUUGUAUGAAGGAGCUUUACUUCAUCAAGAAGUGGCUGGAUGAAAACCCUACAAAAGCCAACGCUGAAACCCGUCAUUUGGUUUAUUCGAUCGAUUUGGACACACCAUUCAGACGUGCUGAACACACCAUGAUCAGCAAAGAGGAUUCUGCCUCCAUGACUGCCGCUGAUCCAUCUCUCCAAGGACUCAGUUACGAAGACCGUACAUACAUGCGUUUGAUAGAGGAUAUCUAUCACGGCACCAACAAUCUCACGUUACAUCUUCAGAAUCAGGUCAUGGUCUGGAGUACUACCAAAGCUGAAGUCGAGACAAAGAUUGGCGAAUACUAUUUCUUGCGAGAACGAAUCAUGGCAGCCUCUGGUAUGACCAACGAUUUCAUCGCAAGUCUCACCCCUAUGAGUGCCCCCAGAACCCCUCGUAUCAACUUUUAG